AUGACGCGUCUAUCGGCGGUUCCAUUAUUGCUGGGCAUCGCUACCCUGGCGAACGUAAGCGCCGGGCUAUCCAUCUCUCCAAAGAGCGCCGCAUUCCCCCAACCGACAUGGAAGCGCCUGUCCACGGGAACCGCCGCGCGUUUCCGCGGCCUAGCACCCGUGUCAGACCAGAUCGCGUGGGUCUCAGGCACGAGCGGGACCGUCCUCCGGACCACCGACGGCGGCGAGACGUGGGAGCCCGUCGGCCCCCAGUUAUCCGAAGCCGACUCCGCGCUCGAGUUCCGGGACAUCGAGGCGUGGUCGGCGGAAAAGGCCGUCGUGCUGUCCAUCGGCGAGGGCGCCAGCUCGCGCAUCUACGCGACGCGCGACGGCGGGGAGACCUGGUCGCAGACGUUUGCGAACGCGGAGCCGGGCGCGUUUUACGACUGCGUCGCGUUCGCGAGCCCGGAGCGCGGGAUGGCGGUGAGCGAUCCUGUCGACGGCAAGAUCCGGCUGAUCAAGACGCGCGACGGUGGGGAGACCUGGGAUGUUGUCGACGCUGGCGGCAUGGUGCCCGCGCUGGAAGGCGAGUCGGGGUUUGCCGCGAGCGGAACGUGUCUCGCGACGGCGGCUGGUCGCUGGUAUGUUGCAUCUGGGGGGGUUAACCCCGGUCGGGUAUUCCGGAGUAGCGAUGGGCUUCACUGGGCCGUGUCGGACGCCUCCAUAGCUGGUGGCGAGGGUUCUGGUGUCUUCUCGGUGCAAUUCCGCGACGCGAAGCAUGGCAUCGCUGUUGGCGGAAACUACUCGGCACCUACGGGAGCCAUUGACAAUGCAGCGUGGUCUAAAGAUGGCGGUGUAACUUGGGUGCCCUCUACUUCGUUUCCCGGCGGUUACCGCUCUGGAUCGUCCUGGGUUCCCGGACGUUGCGGUGUUGCUCUCGCGGUAGGCCCAACAGGUUCGGACUACACGCUCGAUGGAGGUAGGAACUGGCAUGGAUUUGACAAUAGUAGCCUUGACAGCGUGGAGUGUGUGAAAGGGGGUAUCUGCUGGGCAUCCGGGGAGAAGGGUGCAGUGGCACGCCUUGUGUUUGUAUAA